AUGCAAUUCAGCCAACUUCAACUAGCUGCCGACAACAAUCGGGAUAACAAUGAAAGUGCAUCACAAAGUGAGCCCCUUGAUUUAUCAAUGAACAAUCUCAAUCAGCAAAACAUGCAACAGGAAGGAGCAAUAGAGGUUAAUCCAACUUCUACUUCAGAAAAUGAACCAAGAGUUGGCUCAACGUUACCCACUCCAUUCGGAAGUACCACUACCCCACUCUCCCCCAUCAACUUGGAGGAUUUGCUGAGUAAUCAAGACUUAAUCUAUUUACUCCUGAUUGUAUCGAGAGGCAAUAUGAACAACAACAGCCCAGUGGAUCAGAUAUUGCCCAUUCGGAUUCUCAAUCAAUUCGUGCAAAUGAGCUUGCUCAUGAGUACACAGAGAGACAAUUGGCAGACAAAUAAUCCCGUGUCUCCCAAUUUGAACAGAGCAUCUAACUUGAACGCUCCUCCACCGACACAGCUUCUAUCCCACCAAACACACUCAUUGGAAUAUACAAUGGGUGCCACAAACUUUGCGCAAGCCCCACCAGUGUCCAAUGCAGACAUAACGCAGGGUCCAGAGGCAACUACUCGUGAAACCCAACGGUCUCGAUCAGUGAGUUCGGUAUUCACAAACGUAGAAAUGCCAAACCAAGUCGUGAUUACAAACCAGCAAACAACCCCACCUGUAAACAAUUCAUCACAGCCGCAUUAUGUCAGAAGACGACCACAACGACGAGCCAACCGACAGACACAGUAUUCAUGUAAUAUGUGUGCGGAAUCAUUUCGCAGAGUUAAGGAUUUGACUGAGCACACCAAAGCUGUGCAUGGCAAGUUCAAAUGCCAAACGUGUGGUCAAAGGAUUGCAAGUCGACCCAAUCUAUUGCGUCACGAAAUAAUGCACUCCGAUCAACGUCCACAUAAGUGUAGCAUUUGCUCCAAUGACUUCUAUCGUCAAGAUCAUUUAAAGCGUCAUAUGGACAGCAAGCAUCGAGGUUAUAAUGGAGAUUUGAAUAUGGUUGGAGUUGGUGCAACAGAAGUGCACCCAAAUACAUUGGCACGGCAACAGUUAUAG